AUAGAGAGAGAGAGAGAGAGAGAAAAAGCUGCAGGCCUGCAUAUUACACCUUGUGUGCAUGUAUGUACGUGUGCGCCAACUGCAUUGUGUGCGCUUCCAAACAGCUGCACAGAUAGCUCUUGUGUGCCUUCUUUGCUCUAGUUGCUUCUUUCUCCUCUCUCCUCGUGCUCCUUGAGACCCUUCAUCUUUUCUCUCGGCUUUCCUUCGGCCUGCGAAUCUACUCUCGAGUGCUCUGUGCAGUGAAUAAACCUUUCGUCUGUGCAUAUAUAUAUAUGUGUGUGUACCUAUACUGAGCGAUGCAACAAGCGCAUUCAACGCGUCGAGUCUCUUUGUAAACUGGCUCGCUACAAAAAUCCAAUCGAGCCAUUUCGUUGCUCCUUUUCUUUUUUGCUUUUUAACGUACGAUUAGAACGCCCACAUAUAUAUAUUUAUUCGCGCGUCGUGUAACGCUCAACGUUCGAGAUUCGAGAAACGACCGCGAGUCCAGUGCUUAAACGCAAGCUCGAGUAAAAAAGUGCAAACAAGUCCAGUGCAUCGAUAAUUGUGCAUCGCAGAUAAUUUUCAUUAUCGUACUGAUCGAGUCACUCCAAAAGGACCAUUGCAAUAGUCAAACUGGCUGACUCGAAGGAAAAUAACAACGAGGACUUGGAUGGCGAAGACUGCAGUUACGAGGACAUCGAUUCCGCAAUGAUGAAGGAAUUCGAGGACACUCAAGCUGACAACGGCAGCAACAUAUCAUUGUUCUUCACAUGUUCGAGGUGUAGUCAAGUCGUCAAUGUACACGCCUGCAUUUGCAGCGCGGAAUACAACUACGACUUCUAUGACAGCGAUGAGGUUGCCAGUAGUAUCUACGGUAGCGACUGUGGCUACAGCGACAACACUAGCCUAGACGAAUAUAUGUCAACCACCUCACAGGAGCCUAAUAUUACUCGUUUGUCCUGUGAAGUAUCGGUGGAUCCUCCUACUACCAAAAUUUCAAGCCAAACGAAAAUCUUGUCUGGCGGGGGAAUAAUCUUGUUCAACGAUUGUCCACCCACCACUAGCUUCGACGGAGAUCCUGAAGCCGGAAUGCACCUCGUCAACGUACAACGAGUACACAUUAAAACCUUUUCGUCUGGUGGUGAUUGCUUGGUCAAGCAAAAACCCGUUGAGGAACAACCGCUCAUCAGUGGCAAGGAUCUGGAAUCUUUGUGCCGUAUGAUACAACUACCGCCUACAUUUAUUACUACUAUACCUUGUACAGUGGAUGAUGAAAACUCAACUGAAACGAGCUACUGUGGAACGACUUCAGCAAUAUUCAUUACUCCUGAAACUUGCGUAAGUUCAGAAACUUCUAAAGUCCCUGAAGUCUCUGAAGUCUCUGAAGUUUCUAAAGAUUCUUCAUCACCAGAUAAAAUCAAUAUGUGCACCGAAAAUCACAAUUGCUGUAGUAAAGAAAACAAUAGUUAUAACGAAAAUAAUAGCAAUAGUUGCUGUCGCAGUCAUUGCAAUGUCAAUUGCUGUGAUCACUCAAUAUGUCACAAAGUUAUCUCUAGUAUACUAGCCUGUCGAAAUAUCAAUGCCUGCUGCUGGUGUAGCAAAGGGUAUCAGUCAAAUGAUAUGAACGACAACGGCAAUUCGAACAAAUGCGUUUAUGCAAAGCGCACUAUUCCGUUUUGUCAUUUCUUCGGCGGUGGAAUCAUAAAUUUCGAUGAAUUCACGAUAGCGAUGCAUUGGAUUUCACCCCCGGGCGACAGUGAAAUGAGAAUUCUGACGGAACCCGAAAUUGCAAGACUUAAGGAUAUCAAAAAAACUCUACUUGCGAGUGGAUGGUAUUACGAAAAUUUCACAUGGAGUCAAGCGGACGUUUUACUUAAAAAUGCACCUAUAGGAAGAUGGUUAUUGCGCGACAGUAGCGAUAAAAGGUUCACCUUUUCUUUAUCGAUAAAGACGACAUCCGGACACAUUGCCGUUAGGAUAUCAUACGUGAAUGGUUGUUUCAGUUUUGAUACCAUUCUGCAUCCAGGUUGGAACAAAGUACCAAUAUUUCCAUGCCCAAUUAGAAUGAUUGAACAUUAUAUUGCCUACUCUAAAAACCCAACUGGCCGAUAUCAAAGUGUUUGGGUAGGUUAUUAUGGUGAAAUGCAUUCAAAAAUGUGCCUAGAAGAACCUAUUUUGAAGAGUGUUCGGUCUUUAUCUCAUCUAUCAAGAAUAUCCGUUUUCAAGAAUCGCAAAAUAUUGUCUUCACAAAUACAGAAAUUACCUCAACGUGUAAAAGCUUAUAUCGAGGAAUAUCCUUAUACGAUGUGAAAAGAGUGUUUUCCAAAGGAUUUAGAAAGGAAUAUAAGAGUGAAUGAUGUGGAAGGUGCGAUUUGUUUGAAAUUAUUUGAGAAAAUAGUUUCCUUUGCAUCAGCAUAUGAAUAUGUUUUUUAGAACGAGUUAAAAAUAUAUGUAAUAAAUAUAAGUCCUUUCUAGUGAGAGAUUGAAUGUUUUGAGUAACUCACUUUAUGUAUUAACUAUUCUAGAAGAAAAAAUAUCUAGUCUAACUUACGCAAGUAAAAACUUAAAGUAGAAAGUAGUAGAUUAUCUCUUUUAAAAUCAGUUAUUUUGGUUUUUUUUUUAAAUUAAAGUUAAAUUAUUUACUGUGAUAUGUUUUAUUUUAAAAUAUAUCACAUGGAAAUACCUUCAAAUUAAAAGCAACUACUUUCUACAAAAAAAUUUACAACAUACAUGAAACAUUUUUUCAGUAUUUUAAGUUUUUGCUUAUUAAAACUAUAAUACUUUCAUUUCAAAUCCCGAAGCUUAUAUGUAUUAAAAUUGAAUUUAAAUUAUGCUGUGCAGAGGAAACUUGCAUCAGAUCGUAGAUUUUGACCAAAUAGAAUUAUUUUUUAAUACGAAUUAGAGAUCUUUUUAAAUUCGUGUGUUUAAAGAUAGGAAAAAUUAAAAAAGAUAAAUUGCAUUUUAAACGAUUGAAUGGUAUUUUCAAACGAAAUCGUUAUUUUUAAUGAUGCAUUCAUGAUUUUAUUGCUUUGUUUAUUUUUCUAUUCAUUUGAUUAAUGUACAGUACAAAGUAAUUUACGUGAAUUGUAAAUAACAAUUUCAUCUUAGAGAAUUGAACCGUAUUUUUCUAUGAAUAUGUCAAACUCUGAGUAAAAAAAUAGAAAAAUUAUUUUAUUACUAUAGAACGUUAUUCUCAGAGUAAUUUAAGCUUUAUAAAAAUUUUCAUCAAUGCCAAUUAUUUAAUAAAAUCCACCUAGCUAGAAAGAAAAUACUUUUAUGCGAGUAUUAGUAAUAAAUUUAGAAUAAUAAAAUUGAUUAAAUUUACUUAUUAAUAGAAUCGAAUUAACCAUUCUUUAUGGUUUUCACUGAUUCUUACACAAUUGAUUAACUUCAAUUGAAUAAUAUGAUAUUUCAAGUUAAAUAUUAAUUUUGUAAUUGCCAAAACUCGUCAAUCGCACAGUUAAGAUUCAAAAUAAAGUUUCUCCGAAUGAAAAGUUAACUUCGUAUUUAGCUAUUGAUAACAAUGUGUUUGUUUUGUGUAAGUAGAAAAAUUUGAUUUAUGCGUAAAAGUUGUGUUACAUGUGCGUGACUGUUUUUUGUACUCUUAAUAUAAUUGAAUGUUGCACAUAGGUUUUUGUACUGUUUCUAUAUUAGAAACCAGAAAACGUUUUGUUUGGAGCAUGGCUCUAGUAAUUAUUUUUCAAACAACCGAUUCGCAGCGAAUUAAGCGAACUUGAUUAAUGGUAUAAAAAAUGUAUAUAAUAUAGCUAUAAUGAAUUAUAUAUUUAUUGAAUUGUACUAUAUUAUUUGGUUUAUAAAUAUUUUGGACGAUAGUCAAAAAAAAUUAUAUACAAGAGACUGACCAGGCGCCUUCAACUGCCAAUUUUUUAAAAUAUGUUCGUUUUUGCAUUAAACGAUCGAUUUGCAUACUUUGUUUUUACCAUUGAACAUGAUUAAAAAAAAAUGUUCAUAAUUAAAAAGAAAUAAAUCAUAAAACUAUUUAUUAAAUCA